AAAUUGAUAAUCAAACAUUCAUUUUCAAAAGUAAAAACUUAAGUGCAACUCAAUUAAAAACAAAAACAAAAAAUGAUUUUGACCACUUAUUAAAACAAAUUUGUACAAAAAGUGAAUUCAAUUCACAAUAUCAGUUAAUUAAUAUGAUGAAUAAUGAACUUAACAAUGAAGAUUUAAAUAAAAUUCUUUUCCUAAACACAAAUCAAUAUUCAAAUUGUGAAUGGUUGAUAUAUUUGUUUUUUUCAUCUUACGACUUUAAUUUAUUAUUUGUAUUAUUCUAUUUUUUUUUCUUUCUGAAGGACAAUAAUCAAUCAAAGUAUAAUUGACGUAAAUCGUUAUCAAGCUACAGAUUAUAUUUUUAAAAAUUUUUAUCAUGAUGAAUCAAUAAUUGAACAUCAUUUUGAUUUAAUUGAAAGAAAAUCAAAUGAUCAUAUAAAACAAAUUUUAAAGAAAUAUUUUCCUAAUUCUUGUCAAAUAACAAAUAUAAUAACUCUUCGUAUGUUAAUACUUAUUUCACAAGAUAAUUUAACUAUACAAUGUAUCUUGAAUCGAAAUAACAGUUUAAAAUAUCGUGCUAUUGCAUUUCGUUUUCUUAAUAAUGAAAAAAAAUUUUUUAAAGAUUUUCAAAAUAUAUUAAUCAAUGAAGAAGAAUCAAGUGAAAUGCGUAUACUUUGUUUUCAAACAAUAUAUUUAUCUCUUAAUAUAUCUGAAAUAAAUAAUUUAAUUGAAAAUGUUAAAUCAAAUCAACUUCGUUUUUAUAUUAAAUCUUUAUUUAAACAAAGUUCAAUAUGGUUAGCAAAUUCUGGUUCAUAUAAAUUUCCAUUUGGAAAAAUGAAUAUUAUAUUUGAUGAAAAUUUAUUAUUCUAUUUUCCAAAUAUGAUUCAAUUAGAACUUGGAAAUAAUACUGAUAUUGAUUUCUAUUUUAUUAGAAAUAAUCAACAAAAUAUACAAUACGAAAUUUUAUUAAUAUUUGAUAGAAAAAAUAUUAUGCGGUUUUCAACAAUUAAGGAUUUUUUUAAUUGGAUAAAUAAUGAUCGAUUAUUUGAAAUGAAAACACUUGAUGAAUUUUGUUUAAAAAUAAAUUUAAAAACUGAUUUUAAUCUUAAAUGGCUUACUGGUUAUUUUAAUCAAUUUGAUAAUUUUUUUAAAAAAUCAACAGCUGGUAUUGUUCUAAAAAUUCAGCAUGGAUUAGGUGAGAUCAUGACUGGAUAUAAAAUAAGUUUUAGUUUUGAAUCUAAUUUUAAAAUUAAUAUUCAUCAACAUGAACAUUUAACUUCAUACAUUUGGCGUUCAAUACAAAAAGAAAAUAUUCUUUUUAAAAUCGAACAAACAAUAAAGCCAUUAGUGAAUUACAAACAAAUCGUAUCAAAAAAGACUGUUUUAUCAUCAACAGUUAAAGAUUUUUGCUAUAUAAUUCCACAUUUUGAUUCAAAAAUUUGUUUAUCAUUCAUUUUUGAACGUUUAUGGCCUUCAUCAAUUGCAUGUCUUCAAUUGACUGAUACAUUCGAAACAAAUGUUAACAAAAUGUUUUCACAUUUUAAUUCUAACCACGCUUGUCAAUUAUUAAGUGUAUGUACACCUGUUGAGAAAGGUCAACUUAUUGUUGAAUCGAACUCCAAAAUACGUAGUGAUUCUCAUUCUGUUUGUGAACAGUCAAGAAUUCGUUUAUUAUCUCAACAAAAUUCAUUAACAAUUAUGUCAACAUCUCAACCAACCUCCGAAUUAGUUGAAGAACAAAAAACUUGUGGUCAUAUGCCUCAGUUGGAUAUCAAAUUAAAUUUACAAUUAUUAAGAGAGCAAGAAAAGAUGGCUCUACAAUCUAUUAAGAACUUAACUGAAGAAGAAAUGAUUCAUAUUGAUCAAUGGUUAUCUGUAUUACAUAAAACAUACGAAGAUUGGGAAUAUCCAUCAUCGCAUCGUGUAUUUCAAGCAGUUACAUAUUUUAAUGAUGAACAAAAAUUAUGGUAUGAACAGAUAAAAUCUGAAAUUAAUAAUGAUUGGUCAUGCUUUUGCGAUCGUUUAAAACAACAUAUUCAAGAUCGUCAGAAGGUUCAAAUUCAUUCUUCACCAAUGAAUUAUCCAUUAUCUGAUACUAAUGAAAUAACAUCGAUGGAAAAUCUUAUUGACACAAAAUUUAUUAAAUAUUCUGGUAUAGGUGAUGCCAAGGUUUGGCUAUUACAAACAAUGAAUCAAUUUAAACAAUAUGGAUUACGUCGUCUUGAACAAUUUCAAUCUAUACCAUUUUUAUUAAUUGAUGAAGCGUAUUUGUGGUACGUAGAACAUAUUGAUUUAAUCACCAAUUUUGAAUCGUUUAGUAAAUUAUUUCUUCAACAAUAUUCAUUUACAUUACCACCAGCACCAAAUAAUAUUCUUACUGAUGUGGAUAUACCGUCAAAUUUAAUUUCUAGCUCUUCAUCUACAUCACAUUUACAACGAACAAUUGCCGAUGAAAUUAUUAAAAAACCAACAUAUUUUCGUGGUUCAAAAGAUGACGUUCAUGAAUGGUUAGAAAAAUUAGAACAACGUUUUCAAAUGGCAAAAUGGAAUAAUGAACAAAAAUUACAAUAUAUUUCAAUCCAUUUACAAGAUGAUGCAUAUCGAUGGUGGACACAAACAUCUACGACGAUUAAAUCAUGGUCAUUAUUUACUGAAGCUGUUACAAAGGCUUUUGGAUCAACAAAGGUACAAGAAUUAGCUUUUGAACAACUAAAAUGGUACAAACAAACGGUUAAUCAAUCUAUUACACAAUAUUAUGAUAAAAUUAUUGAAUUAUGUAAGAAAGUUGAUCUUGUUAUGCCUGAUUCAUUAAAAUUAAAAUAUUUGAUGGCUGGUAUAAAAGAAUCAUUAAAAAUACAUGUUGCAUUACAGGAUCCAAAAACACCAGAUGCAUUUUUAUCGAUUGCUAGAAAAGUUGAAGAUACAUUAACAUUAACAAAUUUAAAAAAAUCUGCCACAACUUAUGAGACACCCUGUAUCAAUGCUGCUACAUUUAAAAAACCAUCAACACGACCAAAUAUUUCACAGAAAUCUAUUAAUAAAACUCGCCAUAAUACUUCUCAACAUUUACAAUCACAAUCAUAUCGGAAACAUCAUCAACAUAAUGCACAAAAUUCGAACCAUCAGAUUCGGAAUUAUGAUCCUACAAGAUAUCCACAAUAUGCAUCGCAAUCAAAUAAUUGUUAUAAAUGUGGUACUCCUGGACACUAUGCUCGGGAUUGUACCCGUACCCAUUUCGGGUAA